AAUCCCUCCAUUUGAAGUGAAAUUCUUGCAGCAAAAGGAAGCAUCAAUCGGGGCCCGUGGAUUUUCGGCCGCAUCCGUUUAUUUUAGAUUGAUUUCCUGUUUCGUUAGUGUCCUUCACCUUCGGCCCGGUAGCCUUAUUCGCGAUGUGGAUUUAACAUCGAUGGAAUUUCGCAACAGAAUUGUGCAUCGGCUUGAUCGAAAGGAUCUUCUCGGAGCAAAAAAAAAAAAGAAGUAAGUAGCCAAAAGUGAAGCGAACGCGGGAGAGAGACAAAGCACUGAAGUGAGGAGAUUCCGAAUCAGAGUGAGAUACAAAACGGAUAAAAAGUCAACUGUAGCAAGAAGUGCUGCGCAGCGAAAAAUAACAAAAGUUCACUACUUCACCGCUUUUGGAAGAGCAGGCUGAGGAGACGGAAAACAAUAGCGCUGUAACAAUCAACUACUGUGACGCAAACAAUAUACGUCAACAGAAUGGCGACAUUCAGGAUCCACGAGGAUUUGGAGAAAGAGAACCGUGUUCUUGCGGCCAAAAGCGCAGCAAUUGUCGUUGGAAGUAAACAGCAACCGCAACAACAGCAGCAGCAGUUCCAGCAACGGUCUACAUUGGGCGUUUUGAUUCCCCUGACCAAUACCGGACGAUCCGAAGUGCAAAUUGCUGGAGAAAAAGCGGUCUUGAAGGAUCCUAAAUUGAAGAUUAAGCCUACCGCGGUCAUCAAACCCAAAGCAGACGAAAAAAGUACCGUAACGGUCGUUCAAGCUAAGGCCGUACCAAAACAACCGAGCGAACCAUACAAAACUUUCCAAGUAUAUGAUGAAUCGAAGGAAAACGAAUCGGCUGUUCCGAAAAAGGAUGAUUCUCUGCAUGAAGCGAAGCGAGAACCCCUCCAGGAGCUGAAGAAUGCCGAACUACUAACGCCCAUGUCGGUGGGUGAUAGCUUCUCGCCCAUGUCCGUGGACAAGUCGGUCAUCCAGGUGGAGGACACUUCCCUUGUACCCCGGAACGAUCGUGAACGCUUCUUCGAAGUAGAAGAAUACCAGCUCGAUAUCCUGGCAUAUCUCAAAGAGGCCGAAAAGCGUCACCGUCCGAAACCGGCUUACAUGAAGAAACAACCGGAUAUCAACCACUCGAUGCGCACCAUUCUGGUGGAUUGGCUCGUGGAGGUUUGCGAAGAGUAUCGCUUGCAAAGCGAAACUCUCUGUCUGGCAAUUUCCUACAUUGAUCGAUUCCUCAGCUUCAUGUCAGUAGUUCGCGCAAAGCUGCAACUGGUUGGCACUGCUGCCAUGUUCAUUGCUGCGAAAUACGAGGAAAUCUACCCGCCAGACGUGGGUGAGUUUGUGUACAUCACUGACGAUACCUACACCAAGACGCAAGUGCUUCGUAUGGAGCAGCUAAUCCUGAAGGUGCUCGGAUUUGACCUAUCCGUACCAACCACUUUGGUAUUUACUACCGUCUACUGCGUUAUGAACGACGUGCCGGAUAAGGUGAAAAACAUGUGCAUGUACCUUUGUGAAUUGUCACUGCUGGACGCGGAUCCAUUCCUUACGUAUUUACCGUCGAAGAUUUCGGCCGGUGCUUUGGCUCUCUCCCGCUACACGCUCGAUCUGCCCAUCUGGUCACGGAUGCUGGAGACGAACACCGACUACCAGCUAGAGGAUCUUAAAGAUAUCAUUCUGGACUUGAACAAAGUGCACCAGAAGGUGGAAUCGCUGGGACAGCAGGCCAUUCAGGAGAAGUUCAAGGGAAGCAAAUACAUGCAGGUGGCAACGAUUCCAGCCACCGAACUGUCCGAGGAAACAUUCGACAACAUGUGCAAAUCGUUCGCAGCGAUAUCGUCUGCGGCUGCCGAAGCAGAAGCCAGCACGAUUUCCACCACCACUGUGACUGGUUCCGCCCUGAAUCAGAAAGACUCGAUGCGGGAAAUGAUGUCAUCGUUGUUGUUUGUCUAGAGAGACCCCCAUGUCAAUUGCCUCCUGGUCCUCGUCCUUGUCCUUGCCGAAUAUCCCCACUCCCCGCACAACCCGCAGCAACAUGUUUCUUUUUUGUUUUGUAUAGGUUUAUUGCCUGAUUAUCUUUUAGACUGCGUCCUAGCCUGAGUAACUUUUUUAUUUUGUUUUAAAAUCCACAUUCUGCACGACAAACAUGUUCAACAAUGACGAUUUGCACCUUCAACAACCAGUUUGACGAAGUAAUCAAUACCUUUUAUGAUAAAGAAUCCUCCCGCACCGCGCUAUGUCAUCGUCGGAAUACGAAAGCAUGGCAGAGGAACGAUGAUUGUAUUUAAUUAGCUAGUAUUUGUGUAUACAAUGGAUAACGUGUUCUAUUUGUAGUUUUUGAAAUGUUAACACUACUACUUAAGUCAACUAUUCGAAAGUAGGAUUACAAAAAUUUUGAGAGAAGUACGAUUUUGCAACCGAAACUUCCAACGCAUAAUGCACACCAGUAAAAACAAAAAAUCUAUUCCUUACUCGUGGAAUUUUUAUAAAGUAAAUAAAUUAGUCAAAAUGCAACUUUCCAAAUUUUACUCUCAGUCCGGACGAAAUUGCCGGUCAACACUCACUGGAUGAUUCUUACCGCAUCAGCACCUGCAACGAACCUGUUUAGUUGAAUAAGAGUUAGUUUGUCGAUUUCCAACGAAAGUUCAAAAUAUACGA